AGCCCCUUUCCAUGUCUCCUAGGCACCAAGGGCGUUGGCACGCCCUGGUUCCUGCUCCUCGUCGUCGUCAUAGGCUGUUGUUGCCACUACUACUACUGCUCUUCUACUCGCUGGCUUCCAAAUGGUCCCUGGUAGAAGCUGCCACUCUAGACAACGAAAUGGGGGAGACUGAACUAUUUGAUGAUUAUGAUGCUGAUGGUUUUGGUGGCUACUGCGAAGCCCAAGGCUUAUUAACGGCUGGUGAUGGAACUUGCAAAGAUCCUGAUAUUGUUACUGUCGUCCACGAUCGGGACUCUAGCUCCUCUCCAUCAUCAUCGCAGUCAGGAACGUCGUCAUUGCCCAAUCCCAUCGAGUCUCAAGAGAUGAUGGACCUCUUCAAAGACACCACAGACUUCGUAGUGUCACUAGUUGAUGGUCGCCUUAUUGCAUACGACGGUUGUGGGACUAAGCUAUGGACGUAUCAGGCCAACUCUCCUACAGUUGACGCUCGUUUCAACGAGACUGUGGCGAAGGAGCUUGGCAUCGGUGAUCUGGCAUCACACUUUGCUGGAGAUGACCCUACUCAAACGCCCAGGAUUGUCCCAGCUCUCGAUGGUACUGUUUACAUAGUGACACCGAACCCCAAGUCCCCCUCGCAAAGGGUCUUCACUCACUUACCGACUCUAUUGGAAGAUAUGGUCGGCGUAGCGCCUUUCUACAGCCCAGCAUUUCCGGGUAUGUACGUUACGGGCAGUAAACUGCAGGGAGGUGUCACUAUCGAUUUCUCGUCAUCAAGAGUAAAGUGGCAUCUUCCCGGUGGCCGCUCUACUGGACGCUAUAGCAAGGAGGAUAAGCUAGUCUUUGCUCGACAGGAAUGGGCACUGCACUCCUUAGCUGCUGAGGACUCGGAUGAAGUCUGGCGAGCUAGCUAUGUUGAGUUCCCACCAGUGACACAUGAACAUCUCUUCCCGGGUACUGAGGUCAAUGCCCGUGCUCGAGCCCUGACUAGUGUUCUUGGUAUACUGGACAACCAGACUAGUGUCUAUAAGAAAAUAUUCGAUAAAAAUCGAUGUCCUCCUAUGCAAGGGCAUGGACGGUCUGCCCAAGUCGAGAAGCCCAUGAUAACUUUAGUAUUCGACUCACCAGUGGUUUCUGUAUUCGCCGUGGUAAGCCCUCAGGAUACUCCAGCUAAGCUGGCCAUGGUCCCAGUGGCACAUGCUGGUCCUUGGUGUCACGAGUUCCCUGGGUAUGACAAGUUACCAGUGCCUUCCUAUGUGAACAUGCCCCAUGCAUACGAUGGCCGACCGCAGUUGUAUCCCCCGUUCACUUACGAUGAUAGGAGCUCUAUGAGGGCAUCGACUAUGGAUGAGGAGCCCUACCAUAUGUAUAAGGACCGACGGCGAAGUCCAGAGCCAUUGCAGUUAGCAUUGGAAGGUGGGGUCACGCUAGACGAGAUGGCAUCGAUUUUUAUCAAGUUGAAUGGACCUAAUAAGCUGUUCUUUGGUGGUCUGGGUGGUGAUGAUGGUGGUCCGGGUAGAGGGGGUCGGGGUCCUCGAGCGCCACCUGGUCCUGGCCUUGGACGCCUACCGGAUGGAGACGGUUACCAUGAUGCUGGUAAGAUACGACCCCUCAGUUUGCCAGGCCCUGGAGGUACUGUGGCAACCGCCGACCCCGCGAAAGUCCAUUACCUGAACGAUGUGGCUCGGAAUACUUCCCUUAGGGAGUUUCUGGCUGUGAAGUACCAACAUAAUUACAUAGUAUUGGUCUUCUUACUAGGCCUCAUGGGACUAGGGGCUGUAGUGUAUCGGUUUAUCGCAGGAUGGGUACAGGUCUUCAAGGUCGUGGCGCCGGAUGGGGAGAACAUGUCGCCGGGGUCGGGCGUAGAUGAUGAUGAUAAAAUUAGUGAAGAAAUGGAAGAUGACGAUGAUGAAGACGACGAUAUGGAGGGUUCAGAAUUACUAUCAACAGAUUUGGUAGAGCAACCCUACGAGAUGGGGAGGUUCUUGGAUAUACGACAAGACAUUAUGUAUCUACCAGAGUGGCAAGAUGUGUUACUGCAGGCUAGUAUGAAUAAGCGUUUGCAGCAGUUUAACGAUCUUACUAGGAUAGCAUUCAAGCACGGCGAGAGCGAUGUUAGGACGGUUCAUGGAGGGGUAUUGUUCUUGGGUAGAAAUGUGGAUGACCCUCAGUUUAUAUUCCGCAAUCCUAAGCAAGAGCUCAGCCAGAGACCUAACGUUCCUAAGUUCACUCAAGCGGUUAGAAAUGCUGUUGCUAGUAACGCGAUGAAGGAGGUGCGGUAUCUGAAAGCGUAUUGUCCCAAGGCGUGUGUGGCGAGUUGGAACACAUUCGAAGGCGUUAUACAGGAUUUCGUAUGCAAGCACCCGACUGCCUCUCAGGUCACCGUUCGGGAUAUAGACCCUGAAGAGUAUCUCGACAACUUUGCUAUUUGGCAUCAGACUCCACUACUAUUGGACGCCCCCUUUACGGCCAAGCAUAUACGCUACCUCAAGACACUAGACUUUGAUAAAUUGAAGAAAAUUUGGGUGCACUACACAUAUCCGAAGUAUGUUGUGGCAGAUCAUGCUCAUCGUCAUGCUGCCCAGCAUCGCUCUAAGAGCCUGACUAGUCCUGUACGUCAAGUACUGGGAUAUCUGGUCAGCCCUAAGGCUACUGUGGACUCUCCUGCUGCUGCUGCUAGUGACCACACUCCACUUGGUGACCGUACUGGUCAGCCACCCCUACCUAUACAGCUACCGGAGGCAGCGCUGGACGCGACCUACUGCUCACCUGAUGCUGAAGAGACCUCCUUCUCAUCGCCCUCGGGCUAUCGUCGUAGGCGACGGUGUGACAGCUCUGAUGUAGCAAGCGACAACCCGACUUCUAGUGGAGAGGAAGCGGAUGCCUCUAAUGAGGAUUCUGUAUCGUGUCCUCAUCUGAGGGUACGUGCUACUAAGGGAAGGCCUCGGGCUGAGACCGUUGCUGUUGGAAAAGCUGCAGAGGUCGAUGAGGAGGGUAAGGGCAAGAGCAAUCAUGAGAUAGUUGUUGACGAGGCAGGAGACUAUGAUGAACUGAGGCUGGUGCCACCUAUUGAUAUGGUUAAUGUGAUGGAGGCUAAUGUAAGAUUCCUUCUGAGGUGUGCGGAGACGGAUAAGCCUAUGUUGUUCGCGGCUGAGGUGCUGUACAGUGGCCUGUACGAACGAGUGUGGCACGAGUUGCCAGGGGGGCUGCAGGACUUCGAAGCUUUGGGUGAUACUCUAGUCGAGAUCGCCAGUGUUGAAUCAGUGUACGACAUUUUCACUGAUUGGGAUGAUAGGCGUACUGGUCGUCGUCAUGUUGACAUGCUAUGGGCUGGUCCCCCUAGACCCUUGUGCCUUAAUAAGGCUUCGGAUACCACUAGUGAUAGCUUCGCCGUUGCCCUCAACAAAGGCUCUAUGUCGUGCCGUAGCGGCUCGGUUGUCUCACAGUUCGAUGGUGAAAUUGAAAUGGUUGGUUUUGACGAGUCUAGCACUAGUAUGGAGGUUGCUGCUGAUGGCAGUUGUAGUAGUGAUGACAAUAACAAGAAGUCUCAAAUGUUGACUAGGAGUAGUGAAGAUGAUGAUGAUAGUCGCCAAGGCCCCAACAAAGGGGAUACCAAUAUCCCCUGUGAAGUUGACGGAAGUCCCUCUGCAGAGUGA